AUGAAAGUCGAGUUUGAGUACUGUGACGAGAUUGAAGGUACCUUGGAGGCAGAGAAAAAGCAGAGUGCUCAGCUCAAAGCUACCUUGGAGGCAGAGAAAAAGCAGAGUGCUCAGCUCAAAGCUACCUUGGAGGCAGAGAAAAAGCAGAGUGCUCAGCUCAAAGCUACCUUGGAGACAGAGAAAAAGCACAGUGCUCAACUCAAAGCUACCUUGGAGACAGAGGAAAAGCACAGUGCUCAACUCAAAGCUAACUUGGAGGCAGAGAAAAAGCACAGUGCUCAGCUCAAAGCUACCUUGGAGGCAGAGAAAAAGCAGAGUGCUCAGCUCAAAGCUACCUUGGAGGCAGAGAAAAAGCAGAGUGCUCAGCUCAAAGCUACCUUGGAGACAAAGAAAAAGCACAGUGCUCAACUCAAAGCUAACUUGGAGGCAGAGAAAACGCACAGUGCUCAACUUGAAGAAGAGCUUCAACUGCUGAAAGAACAGAAUAGCGAACUGAAUACUGGGAAAUAUAAACGCCCUUUUAAAAAGGUUUCUGAAGUGGCCAAGAAUCUCAUCAAAAAGAACGAGAUUCAAGCUAAUCAAAUUAAGCGUCUUACGGAAACAGUUAACUUCCAGCGACGGGAAUAUCUGAGUUUACACCAGGAGGCAGAGAAAAAGCACAGUGCUCAGCUCAAAGCUGCCUUGGAGGCAGAGAAGCAGCAGAGUGUUCAGCUCGAAGCUACUUUGGAGGCAGAGAAAAAGCACAGUGCUCAGAUUGAAGAAGAGCUUCAACUGCUGAAAGAACAGGAUAGCGAACUGAAUAAUGAUUUGCUGGAUGUUUACGUAACUUUACAGAAAGAGUUGUUGUUUGUUGAGGAUCAGUUAGUUAUCAAGAGCGAGGAGUGUGAGAGUCUGGCCGCUAACCUCACACAUCUUAAAAGUCAGGUUAAGCCCACGGAAAAGUAUGCUGCAAAAUAUAAACGCCGUUUUAAAAAGGUUUCCGAAGUGGCCAGUAGUCUCAUCAGAGAGAACGAGAUUCAAGCUGAUCACAUUAAGAGUCUUACGGAAACAGUUAACUUCCAGCGACGGGAAUAUGUGAGUUUACACAGUGUUGUAAGUGACGAUCUCCGACCCAACUCUCUGACAACAACGCAAGUUCUGGAAGAAACCCCCAAAGUGAACGUACAAGAGGAAGAUAAUCUCGAGGAGGAAGACGAAACUGAGAUCAAGCUUGAUGAUCUCAGGGAAGAAGACGAAACUGAGGUCAAGCUUGAUGAUCUCAGGGAAGAAGACGAAACUGAGGUCAAGCUUGAUGAUCUCAGGGAGGAAGAAGGAACUGGGGUCAAGCUUGAUGAUCUCAGGGAGAAAGAAGAGAGUGAGAAGGUCAAGCUUGAUGAUAACCUCAGCGAGACAGAAGGAACUGAUAAGGUAAAAGUUGAUGACCUCAGGAAGGAACAAGGAGCAACGACGGAGGAGCAGCAGCUUGAUGAAUUUACCGCUCAUAAACUUAAAAUGUUAAUCCACACUAUCGAACACAAGAAGGAACGUAAGAAGAUGGAAGAACAUCAAGAGAAGAUGGACCGUAUCUUGGUUAUUGUGACGUUCAUCGCAGGUGUCUUCACUCUUCUCUGUAUUGUGACAAGUUUCUUCCCUUACAAGUAAGGUAACUGGCCCCAGGGAACCCGACCUAGACGUGGCCGCUGGGAACCCUGCUAGACCUGACAUCCUGGCCCCUACCUAGACCUGACAUCCUGGCCCCUACCUAGACCUGACAUCCUGGCCCCUGGGAACCCUACCUAGACCUGACAUCCUGGCCCCUGGGAACCCUACCUCUGGGAAAUAUAGUGGUCCCAUGGGAAGUGUAUUGGGUCAGUGGUACCCCUGGGAAGUAUUAUUAGGGGUCAGUGUUACCCCUGGGUAGCAUCAGAGGUCCCUCACUAUUUAAUGUAUAAUUUUAUUUUUUAA